CCAGAAACGGAUGAUUAUAAAAAAUAUGUAAAAUACGUGCAUUCAACGUUUAAAUUCGGCAAAUUUGGAAGUACAAGCCAAAAGGAUGUUUUGAAAAAAUAUAAAGGGUAUAUAUAUAUUCCUGUUCAUUUAGUGAAGAAACAAGCUUUAAGUAAUGGCCAAUAUGCUUAUAACAGAUUAGCCGAAAAAUUUCGGAUACACGCACAAGGAACCAAAGCAGAAUUUUUAGAAAAAUAUGUUUCUUCGCUUAUGCAACGUCCGACGGUAGAAGGGUCGAUUCAACUUCAUACGCGCUACGAUAUGCUUUGUUUACUUUUAAAUUUAUCGGAUUCUCCACUCUCCACUAAAUAUAACCCAACUAUUAAAGUAAAAAAGCCUGAUCAACCGCGUUUUAAAUGGAUCAGAGCAAGAUUAGGCGACAAUUUUCAAAAUGGCCGAAAUAAAAAUCUGAUUCCUGAGGCAUCACAUAAUGUGGUACAAAAAGACGAUGUGGAAGAAAUACCAGAUCAGGACUUAAAUUAUGAAAUUGUUCAGGAAUUUUUAUCUAACCAAUAUUGGAGGCCAAAUUACCGCAAUCAAUCGCAUUUAUUCGAUUCCAAGUUUGAUGCGAAUGAUGCAUGUACUUUUGCACCGUCACUCGCGCAAUACCGUAGUCAAGAUAAAAGAUAUCUUUUUUAUGAUCCAACCAGACUAAAAUACAUCACAGAGCUUGAUGCUAUACGUGAGAUUUUGUUCAUGUUAUCUGGACGUCCGAGCUUUCUUUUUUGCAAAGAUACAAAUGGAAAAUUCCAGGUCCAGCUUAAUGCAAUACUAAUGCAUUUAACUGAAGGUGGAUUUAAAGCCUUGUUAGAAUAUUUUUGUGAACAUGGGAAUUUUUUGGCCAAGUUGAGAAUAGUUGCCACUAGGAUAUGUACAGAAUCUCGUCCAACUUAUGGACAAACUGCCCAGGCUUUUGCUGCAUCCAUCCUCAAGAUGGUUUGGAAAUUUGACACAUUAUUGGCUGAUAUCGAUAUAGCAAUUGAGAAUCGAGAGCGUGUUCGUAAAGACGAAGAGAAAGCUCGACAGGAGGAAGAAGCAAAGGCUCAAAGAAAAGAGAUUUCGGAACGUGAGCGUCGUCUUCAAAUUCUUCGAGAAAAUGCUCGCGCAAGGCAACAGGGAUUAUUAGAGGCACCAAAGGAGCAAGCUUCUGAGCAGCUAGUAACGACAAAUCAAAAAUUAGCAAUACAAAGUUCGGCCGACACCACUGGCGGCCAUAUCAAUUUCUGGAGUGACAUAGAAAAGGAAUAUGCUCGCAAAGUUUCAACCAACCCAGAAUAUGAGGCUGAAAAAAGGGCAAAAGAACAAAAAUUGGAGAGGCAGUAUACGAUGUAUCUUGAUGAAGUUUUAAAAGAUCCAAAACCAUGGUACCUUAAGAGUAAUAAAAAUAUCGGUGGUAGUAGUAGCAACAACGGAGAAGAAAAAUAUUCUAUAGAUGGAAAAAUUAAAAGAAACAAAGAAAUGGGAAUUAAAUCUGCUGACGAUCCACUGCACAUGAUGAAAAUAAAUUUAGAUAAAAUGUCAAAGAAAAAAAAAUAUAAUACUGUAUCUGAUCAUCGACAAAAGGAAAUUCAAUCUGAUUCACCUCCCUUACCAACAAUUGAUAGACUACGUGAGGAACGUCUUAAGAGGGAGCGUGAUGAAAGAUUACGUACUCUUAAACUUCUCAACCCUCACAUGAUAAAUGAGCAAGAAUCCAAAGGUCGAUACUUUUCACAAUUUAAUCCAGAAGCUACGAGCGCGGCACAUAAAGUAUCUGAACGGGAAAGCACGUAUUCUCGUAGCGAUCGCUCUCGUUCAUGGAGACAUAAACCAUAUUAA